ACGGAAUGUAAGACAGAAGAAAGACACGCGUCUGAUAUCACAGAGGAAUAUAUGAGAACAUGAGAGAAAGAGAUGAUGAAGAACGCUCGUUCACCGACAGAAGACUCUAGGAUGAAGACCGGUGAACAAGACAACAGGAGACUCUAAAGACAACUGAAGGGAACAGCAUGACACUGAACUACAUUUAGACGAGCGACUGUGACCAGGAGCAUUUCUGACAGAUGAGAUCUCCGCUUACAUGCUGGAGUUCCCAAAAACACAAGCCUCCCGUCUGGUUUCUGGAAGGAAUAAUUAUCUCUGGUUUAGAUAGUAUGUUCCAAAACCGAGACCCCAGCCCCUCCAGCUCCUCCUCUGGGGGUUGAGCCAAUCAGCAGAGGUCAUGGGCAGACGGGCAGCUGACACAUCAAAUGCUGUGCCAGCAUUAGAGGUGCCUCUGGCCGGAGGUCGGGCCAUGCUCUCUCAGAAAUGGGGUCCGCUGUGCAGCGUCGGCGUGCAAACGUCGCCGGGACUCCGCUCUCUUCCAUCUUUAAAGAAGAGGACUCAAACCGUCACCACCAACGGGCCGCAGACGGAGACCAUGUCUCUGGAUCGGGUGAGGCGCUGCGACGUCAACGGCAAGCCAAAGAACGCCACCAACCACGUGACGCAGGAGAACGAAGUAUACUGUCAAAUCAAAAAUAACCCCAGCCAAUUAGGCACAGCAGGGAGUUUAAAGCGAUCCUCCCUGUACACCAAUGGAAGUGUGGUUGCACCUGAGGUGGUGGGCGGAGUCUGUAGCGAGGGGGCUGAGACGGAGGAUGUGAGAGGUCAACCAAUCACACGAGACUGCAGGCGGGGUCAGUCGCUGAAAAGCGAGAGAUCCAGGCCGGUCGUGCACUGCCCCGGCUCAUGUGCCACCACCCCUCGUCCAUGUAGGAUUAUGGCAUCAUCGCCCAGACUGUGUACCUCCUGUGGGCGGAGACAAUCCCAAGUCCCAGCCUGCAUGGCGACUGCCUGUCGAAAACGCGCUGUCAGUCAGGUUCAAGCGAGCACGACACUUCCGAUCCCACCACGGAAAAGUUCUUCUCCCGGACUGUGGAAACGAAAUUCCACUGUGGCGCAACCAACGUACGCCCAAAUUCCCAACAUACACAAUCACCAAACGCAAAGUGUGACACUGCCUCCCUCAGAAACCAACAAAAAAGAUCUGCAGAUAAAAACAGAAGCGUCGACGCAAGAACACGACAAGACACGCAAAACCCAACACACACAAACACACACACAAGAAAUUACAGCACAACCCACACAAGACAAACGCACAACCACGGAAACACACAGACCUAUUGUAUCUCCAGCAUAUGUAUCUACACCCAAACCCACGCCCCCCUCACUGUCAAUUGGCUGUGAAUUAAAAGCCACGCCCACUCUCCCACCCAAAAAUGUCUCCAACUCAAAACAGACACAUGUCAAGUCCAAACCGGCACCUCCGGAGCUUCUCAUUGGCUGUGGGUUGAAGCCAAAGUCACAAACUCCACCUCCAGAGCCCAAACCUAAACCUGAGAGAGACACAAACGCACGGCCAUCGCAAACGGAUGAAAUCCCACAAUGCAACGGGGCACCUGGUGUUCUGCAUGGACUGCUGCAGAAUGUCGAGGAAAACCUGCUGUACAAUCAAGAGAAGAUCAAAGUUCUGCUCAACGUCAUCCAGGAUUUAGAGAAGAACAAGGCAAUGAGUGAAGGGCGAUGUUCAUACAGAACAGGUCAAGACCUCAACAACUGCUCCACCUGUCAGAAGACGGCCUGCAUAAUAUACAGUGUGGAGCAUGACUUCAGUGUCCAGGAGGGACGGUUCCAAAGCGUUCUUGAAGUCUUGGAGGCAGAGUAUGAUGUCCCCGCCCCCGUCCCAAAGCCCGCCCACAUACGACCGCGGACUAAGAGCCGCGUCAAGAAACUGCGAAAGAAAUGCUUCUGGUGGCUGUAG